UACCACGGACACUUACUCCUACACAUACAUCUUCCGCUUCAUUCGACAACUACCGCGAGCUAUGGCGCUGGACAGAACGUCUUAUGUUCAGGACCAUCUCUCUCAUUUCGCGGUUCUGCUGUCUGGAUGAGAACGAUGGCCUUCUAUGGACCAUGUUCACUCAUUACCAUACUUGCAGCGCGCACUGGCCGGCGACUUUUCGCACAGGUCAUCGCUCCGCAGUUGCAGUCCUUCACCUCCGAGCGCUAGUCAUCCGACAUCAGACGUCAUCAACCACAGCCACCCCUAAUUCGUCACUUCAGUCAGCGAAACCACCCCAAUGGCUAAGCACUGCUCGCUCGGUCAUCCAAGAAUAUCGCACCAUUCUAGCAACAUGCACUACUUUCCCCAAGGCUGGAGAACGCAACGUUAAAGUGGAGGAUUUUGUAGAUUUGUGCGUGGCAGUAUGGGAGACCAGUGGUGCCCUGUCUGACCGUGUCCGAUGGGUCCUCGAUAUUCUCUGGUGGGCUACCCGCCUCACAUUCAACUCAUACCGUAUUUAUCGACACAUGACUCGACUGCUUUUCAUUUCCGGCGACACGGAACUAGCUAAACGGACCUUGAGAUUAUACGUUCAGGUCGUUUCAAAGGCACGAGAAGCAGGGGUGGAAAACGACUUCGACACAGAUCGACAUUGGGUUGAGACGCUUAUCAAUGGUGCGCGGAUCCUCUGCCGUCUUGCCAUUUCACGCACGGACGGUAUCGACGACGCCAAGGAGGCAGGGGACAUGAUUGAAAAGGCGAUGACCAGGCUGGAUGAGGAUGACAAAGAGAUGGUAGCAAGAGUCGCACUGGCCGAAGGCGUGUGGUACACGACACUGGCAAUAAUAGAACAAGACCCAUACACGCGACAGACUCGUCUAGGUCGUGCCAUCGUUGCCUACUUGAAGUCUGUUGCGACCUACCCUACACCUGCUGCCCAUCAUCAGCUUGCGAUCGUACUUUCUUUACCUGGAAGCUCGCAAAAUAUGGAUGAGGCGAUCAUAUCCGCUCGUGCAGCUGUCGAAGAAGAGGCUGAGGAGAUUAGACAUUGGCAUCUUCUCGGUCUGUUACUUAGUGCCAACGGCGAGUGGCAGAAGGCAGUCGGUGUUUUAAACGUGGGCGCAGACCUAGACGAGAGUACGCAGGACAUGGAAAGUCCUGCUAGACUUGACGCAGAAAAUACUGCCGAUGACAUCGUGGAGAAAGCACCCAUGACCGAUGAUAUUCAGGCUAAGGACUUCGAGUUCGACCACCAGCACGCACAGGUAAAUGGCCAUUCAAAGCUCCCAGAUGCACAUCUACCGUCGAAUGAUGCCGAUAGUCCGAGAUCUGGGCACAAGAUGCUUCUUGAUACACACGCAACUACCCUCCCACCAUCUGCCACCCUCCUCCGACCAUUACCCGACCAUCCUUUCCCUUCUCCUCAUGACACAUUUGAUUACGCCCUCCAGCUCAGAAUGACACAAAUGGCACUCGCCGAACAUAUAGAAGGCCCUGAGGGUGCGGAGGGGCGGUGGGUGAACGUGUUUGCCUGGAUUUCAGAACGCAAAGGGUCGCCCUCUACUUCAGGGUCUAUGACAGAGACGCAGCCGAGGUCGUCGGUGGACACGGGUACCGGCACGAGGACUGCGACUACGCAAUCGCAAUUGGUGCUGCAUCAGCCGUCGCAGGACCCGCUGAAUGAAAAGGGUCCUAGUACAGACCAGCAGGGAUCUCUGGGUCUUUCUCUUGGUCAACAGGAUCUCCCGUCAUCUGAGCUUCCGCCAAUCACUGUCACACCUGCAACGCCUGCUGAGCCGCACCGCCAUUUCCCGCUCAACAUGGAUGAGAAGGAAUCGCUGAAGGGCAGACGACGCUCCUCUUCAGCAGAUGGCACCGGCAGGAAAGUGCAACAGAUGCUAAAAGCCCGUGUACAUAAAGGGCAGGAGAAGAUCAGUACGAUCUCGAGGAAACUCGGACAUGGCGUUGCGCGAAACGGGAACUUAAAGAGGACAAGUUCUGCACCAGACUUCCAUGCUGUGCUCCAGAAUCAUAACUAUCAGGCGUCGUCAAUACACUCCCGUCGUCGGCUGCGUUCUCUGAUUCGUCAUAACGCAGCUGCCGCACCCAUCGAGUCACCACCUGCACCCCCACCCCCACUUCCUCCAGUGCCGGAGGAAGCACCUACGCUCCAUGCAACGAAGGAUGACAAGCUCAUAAGCGACCUUUGGGCCAUGUCUGCUGCCACUUUUCGACGACUCGGAAAAAUCGAGCAAGCCAAAGGCGCAAUCCAAGAAGCAGAAGUCAGAGACUCUGAAAACCCUGAUGUUUGGGUACAGCUUGGACUGUACUACAUGGCGCUGGAUCGUAACAGAGAGGCUCGAGAAGCAUUCCAGAAAGCCCUGUUCAUAUCGCCCGAUGAUAUCGCUGCAUCUGUGCACUUGUGCCGCAUCCACCUCUCUACCAAGUCUUCGGCCCACACAGUUGAUUCAGAUAAGGUUGAUCUGGUCGCUGGGCACCUCGGCCACAUCACCCGAGGACCUGGCUGGGACGUUCCUGAGGCCUGGUACUACUUGGCUAAAGCAUACGGACUGCAGGGCCGCAAGGACAAGGAGCGGGAAAGUCUGGCGACGGCAUUGACCUUGAGUGAUCGCAGGAGUAUCAGGGAUAUUGGGCGGGCUGUGGGUUGGUGUUUGUGAUGGGUGUGGACAAGGUUCGGGGGUUGAUUUAUACGAUGUCCCACUCAAACAUCUACCUACUGCUUACUCUGCACGACGAUCAUAUAGAUCAUGAUGAUCUUUUGCACUACCAUUCGAUGACAGAUUUUAUUGACAGUCUAGAGCUUGGCUUUUGAUCCUCGCCGAGCGCUAGUGUGUUGUAUCUGAGCAAUCUAUCGUGACGUUC